AAACAAUAUACUCCAAAGUCCAAGUGCAUUCAUUCGUCGUCUUCGGUCUUCCUCCGAAACCUGUCACUGAAAAACUUCAGACAAAAAAAGAGAACCCAAAAAACCAUAACAGAGUGAAAGUUUCACUAAUUGAUCAUUUAAGGAUAUGUCUGUUGUUGUCUCUCAGCUCAUUUUUUCACCGUUUAAAGGCAUGGGCAGCUGUGAUUUUUUCCUUAACCCAAUUUUCCUGCGUUUCUUCACAGCUUCUAUCCACCUGAUUUUGUUUGCUGUCCUAUUCACUUCAUGUCUCUACAAAAAAAUUUCGAGCAAGGCAGAUGAUGAAAACCCAAAAACUAAUUCAAGACAAACAAGUCUUAUGUACUACAAGACUGCCCUGUUUUCUAGCUUGGGCCUUUCAAUCUUUAAUCUCAUUCUAUGUCUACUGAACCUCUUUUACUGGUACAAAAAUGGAUGGUCUGAUGAAAAAAUCUCGACUUUCCUGGAUUUUGGAGUAAAAGCAGUAGCUUGGCUUGCUCUCUAUCUUUCCUUGCUAAUCCAUUACUCAAAAUCCAUGGAAGCUAAGUACCCACUUGUUCUGAGGCUCUGGUGGGGUCUUUUCUUCUCGGCAUCUUGUUAUUGCCUAGUGAUAGACUUUGUUUAUUUUGCAAAGCAUUAUUAUUUAUCAUCCCUUUUUUGGGUCUCUGAUAUUGUUUCUUUCCUAAUGGGUUUAAUCUUCUGUUGUAUUGGUUUCAUUGUGAAAAAUGACCAAGACAAUUUUCUUCAAGAACCCCUUUUAAACAAUCAUGCUGCUGCUGCCAGUGAUAAUAUUGAGGAGUCUAGCAAGUCUUCUCAAGGGGAUCAAAUUGUGACCCCUUACUCUAAAGCUGGUAUCUUGAGCCUCUUCACUUUCUCUUGGAUGAGCCCUUUAAUUUCCCUAGGUUACAAGAAGAGGUUGGAUCUCGAGGAUGUCCCUCAGCUCGCCUUUUCAGAUACGGCUCAAGGAUCAUUCCCGAUUUUAAACGCCAAGCUUGAGACUUAUCGUGAGGGGAGCAACCGAGUCACCACACUCAUGCUGGCCAAGGCACUGUUCUUCACCACGUGGAGGGAGAUAACAGUGGCGGCCUUCUAUGUGCUCGUGUACACCGUGGCCGCCUACGUGGGCCCGUUCCUGAUCGAAACCUUCGUCCAGUACUUGAACGGGCGUAAGAGAUUCGAGAAAGAGGGCUACGUUUUGAUUUCUGUGUUUUUCAUAGCCAAGUUGUUGGAGAGUUUGGCACAUAGGCACUGGUUUUUCAAGGUGCAGCAGGGCGGGUAUAGGGCUCGGGCGGCUUUGGUCUCCAAAAUCUACAACAAGGGCUUGACCCUCUCGAGCCAGUCGAGGCAAGGCCACACGACAGGCGAGAUUAUUAAUUUCAUGUCGGUUGAUGCCGAGAGGAUAGAGGAGUUUGGCUGGUACUUGCACGACCCAUGGAUGUUUGCUCUACAAGUGGCCCUGGCACUCGUGAUACUGUAUAGGGAUGUCGGGCUUGCCUCGAUAGCUGCGUUUGUGGCCACUGUUUCGGUGAUGUUGGUUAAUAUGCCUGUGGGGAAGUUAGAGAAGACUUUUCAAGAAAAUCUCAUGAAAUCCAAAGACGGGAGGAUGAAAGCAACCUCCGAGGUUUUGAGAAACAUGAGAAUUCUCAAGCUCCAGGCUUGGGAGAUGAAGUUCCUCUCCAAGAUUCUUGAUCUUAGGAAAGUCGAGAUGGGUUGGUUGAGAAAGUAUGUAUAUACUUCGGUCAUUCUCACUUUUGUCGCUUGGGGGGGCCCUACAUUUGUGUCAGUGGUGACUUUUGUUGCUUGUAUGCUGAUGGGAAUUCCGCUUGAGUCAGGUAAGAUUUUAUCUGCUCUAGCAACCUUUAGGAUCCUUCAAGAACCCAUUUACGCUAUUCCUGAUGUGAUAUCCGUAAUGGUUCAAACCAAGGUUUCUCUCGAUCGCAUCGCAACAUUUCUUUCUCUGGACGACCUUCCACCAGAUGUUGUGGAUAAGAUUCCGUUUGGUAGUUCAGAUACGGCCAUUGAGGUCAUCAACGGAAACUUUUCUUGGCAAGUGGCAUCUCAUGUUCCCACAUUGAGAGAGAUUAGUUUUAGAGUGUCAUGUGGCAUGCGGGUUGCCGUUUGCGGCAUGGUUGGUUCUGGAAAGUCGAGCUUGAUUUCGUGCGUAUUGGGAGAAAUGCCAAAAAUAUCUGGGGUUGUUCGAGUAUCUGGAUCAAAGGCAUAUGUAGCUCAAUCGCCAUGGAUACAGAGUGGAAAGGUUGAGGAAAAUAUAUUGUUUGGUAAAAUGAUGGAUAGACAAAAGUACAAUAGGGUGUUGGAGGCAUGCUCGUUGAAUAAGGACUUGGAAAUUCUUCCAUUCGGGGAUCAAACUGUGAUUGGUGAGAGAGGAAUCAACUUGAGUGGCGGACAGAAACAGAGAAUUCAAAUCGCACGUGCUCUUUAUCAAGAUGCCGACAUUUAUUUGUUUGAUGAUCCCUUUAGUGCUGUGGAUGCACAUACUGGAACUCAUCUAUUUAAUGAAUGCAUUAUGGGGCUUCUUGGUUCCAAAACUGUAAUAUUUGUCUCUCAUCAAAUUGAGUUCCUUCCCGCCGUAGACCUGAUUCUAGUUAUGAAAGAUGGGACAAUUAAACAAGCUGGCAAGUACAACGACAUUCUCACAUCCGACAGCAACUUCAUGGAACUCGUUGGGGCCCACGAGGAGGCCCUAUCAGGUCUCGAUUCCAUUAGUGGCAAUGAAGGGUCCUCUGGAGUUUCUAAAUCGAUUCUGCAAAAACAAAAAUCUCAGAGCAAUAAGAAGGAUCAAAUAGAGAAUGAUGAGGAGGAAGCAAAGGCCCAACUAGUCCAAGAAGAAGAGAGAGAGAAAGGAAAUUUGGGAGUCUCAGUAUACUGGAAAUAUAUCACAACAGCGUACGGAGGAUUGUUGGCGCCAGUAGCAUUGCUACUUCAAAUCGUGUUUCAAGCACUUCAGAUUGGGAGCAAUUAUUGGAUGGCUUGGGCAACACCCGUGUCUAAGGACGUGCCACCUCAUGUCACAAUCUUAACUCUCAUCCUUGUUUAUGCUGCUUUAUCAAUUGGGAGCUCAUUUUGCAUUUUGGCCAGAGCCUUGGCCGUUGUCACUAUUGGCUUCAAGACAGCCAAUGUACUAUUCAGCAAAAUGCACCUGUGCAUAUUUCGUUCCCCCAUGUCUUUCUUUGAUUCCACCCCAAGUGGUCGAAUUCUCAACAGAGCAUCUACAGAUCAAAGCACUGUGGAUUUGAAUGUAGCGUCUAUAAUUGGACAAUUUGCUUUUGCCGUGAUACGGCUUCUGGGAGUUAUCGUUGUAAUGUCGCAGGUCACGUGGCAGGUCUUUAUUGUUUUUAUUCCAGUGAUUGCAAUUUGCAUGUGGUUGCAGCGGUAUUACAUAGCUUCAGCACGUGAACUUGCUCGACUAUGUGGUGUGUCAAAAGCUCCUGUUAUACAGCAUUUCUCAGAAACACUAUCAGGAUCAAGUACAAUAAGGGGUUUCAAUCAAGAGUCCCGAUUUCGUGAUUUGAGCAUGAAACUAAUAGAUGCAUAUUCAAGGCCCAAGUUGCACACGGCUGGGGCCAUGGAAUGGCUUUGCCUUCGGCUAGACAUGUUAUCCCUCUUGACAUUCGCCUUCUCGUUGAUUUUGUUGAUCUCUAUACCAGAAGGAACAAUUAAUCCAAGUGUUGCUGGGUUGGCCGUGACGUACGGACUUAGUUUAAACAUGUUGCAAGCAACGGUUGUUCGGAUUCUUUGUUUUAUGGAAAACAAAAUCAUAUCCGUCGAAAGAAUAUUGCAGUAUACUUGUAUUCCAGCUGAGCCGCCUCUAGUUGUAAAUGAAAAUAGGCCAGAGAAUGUCUGGCCACUACAUGGAGAAGUUGAUAUUCAUGAACUUCAGCUUGGGGAUGAAGUCCGGAAAAAGACUGAGAAGCUUGAUUCUGCCGUUUAUGAAAAUGGAGAGAAUUGGAGUGUGGGGCAAAGACAACUAGUCUGCCUUGGGCGUGUGCUCCUAAAGAAAAGCAAGCUUUUGGUUCUGGAUGAGGCAACGGCCUCGGUUGACACGGCUACUGAUAAUCUAAUUCAGCAGACUCUCAAACGCCACUUUACCGACUCCACAAUAAUAACAAUCGCUCACAGGAUAACCUCAGUACUUGACAGUGAUAUGGUUUUACUCUUGGACAACGGACUGGUGAAAGAGUAUGAUACUCCGGGAAAGUUGCUUGAAAACAAGUUUUCUUCGUUCACGAAGCUCGUGGCCGAAUACAGCAUGAGGUCGAGCCCGAGUUCUGAGAAUCUUUCAAGUGCCCGUGUGUAA